AUGGAGAACCAAAUUUCCCGCAAAUCAUCCUCUUCCCCUUCACAGAGUUACCUGGUAGCCUACAAUGCCAUCUGCCUGGCCCUGUGGUCUAUCAUAACCCUCCGAGCUGUUUUCCUCAUACCCACCCUCUUUGCUCUUGGGAAACCCCAAGGUGUUCUCGACGCCCUCUUUCCUCUUCUUAAAUGGACUCAGACAAUAGCCCUCCUCGAAAUCCUCCAUGCCGCCGUCGGCCUCGUCCGAGCCAGCCCCAUCACAACCGCAAUGCAAGUCGCGUCGCGGAUAUUGCUUGUCUGGGUUGUGCUAGACAUGUUUCCACAAGUCGUCUCGACGACGAACAGCUUUGGGAAGUCGGUGCCGGGUUCGACAUUGGGGCCGAUUGCCUUUGCGGGGAUCUUGAUGGCGUGGGGAACUACAGAAGUCAUUCGAUAUGGGUUCUUCGUGUGGAAGGCAGCCAUAAGUGAAAGAGUCCCCGCCGCCCUUACGUGGCUGCGGUACAACACCUUCUUCGUCCUAUAUCCCAUUGGCAUCUCGAGCGAAUGUCUGCUUAUGUACCUGGCAUUGACCCCUGCAGCGAAGCAAGGACAGCGGCUCGAUCUAUUGUUGAAGAUUGUUCUCCUCAUUUACGUACCGGGCAGCUAUAUUCUCUACACUCACAUGAUGGCCCAGCGGCGCAAAGUCAUGAAGGGGAAAGGAAAGUCUGCUUGA